GAAGCAGCACAGUAUAGAAUAAAGUCAGACAGAGCACACUGAACCUCUGUCACAAUGGGGAACUGGGCUGUGAAUGAGGGGCUCUCCAUCUUUGUCAUUCUGAUGUGGCUGGGGAUGAAUGUCUUCCUCUUUGUCUGGUACUACCGAAUUUAUGAUGGUCAAGAUAAAUACUUUUACACUAGAAAACUCCUUGGGUCAGCACUGGCCCUGGCCAGGGCCCCUGCAGCCUGCCUGAAUUUCAACUGUAUGCUGAUCCUGCUGCCAGUCUGUCGAAAUCUGCUAUCCUUCCUCCGGGGUUCCAGUGCGUGCUGCUCAACAAGAAUUAGAAGACAACUGGACAGGAACCUUACCUUUCAUAAAAUGGUAGCAUGGAUGAUAGCACUUCACUCUGCAAUUCAUACCAUUGCACAUCUAUUCAAUGUGGAGUGGUGUGUGAAUGCCCGAGUCAACAAUUCUGAUUAUUAUUCCAUAGCACUGUCUAACAUUGGAGACAAAGAGAAUGAAACUUAUCUCAACUUUGCUCGAGAAAGAAUCAAGAACCCUGAAGGGGGCCUAUAUGUGGCUGUGACUCGGUUGGCAGGAAUCACUGGAAUUGUGAUCACAUUGUGUCUCAUAUUAAUUAUUACCUCUUCCACCAAAACCAUCCGGAGGUCUUACUUUGAAGUGUUUUGGUACACACAUCACCUCUUUGUGAUCUUCUUCAUUGGUCUUGCCAUCCAUGGAGCUGAACGAAUUGUACGUGGGCAGACUGUAGAAAGUUUGAAUGAGCACAAACUAGUACAAUGUAAUCAAAGUAUCUCCCAGUGGGGAAAAAUAAAGGACUGUCCAAUACCAAAGUUCUCUGGGAAUCCUCCUAUGACUUGGAAAUGGAUAGUGGGCCCCAUGUUCCUGUAUUUCUGUGAGAGGUUGGUGCGGUUCUGGCGAUCUCAACAGAAGGUGGUCAUCACCAAGGUUGUCACCCACCCUUUCAAAACCAUUGAGCUGCAGAUGAAGAAAAAGGGAUUCAAGAUGGAGGUGGGACAGUACAUUUUCGUCAAGUGCCCUGAUGUGUCCAAGCUGGAGUGGCAUCCUUUCACACUGACUUCUGCCCCAGAGGAAGACUUCUUUAGCAUCCAUAUUCGCAUUGUUGGGGACUGGACAGAGGGGCUGUUCAAUGCUUGUGGCUGUGAUAAGAAAGAAUUUCAAGAUGCCUGGAAACUACCUAAGAUUGCAGUUGAUGGGCCCUUUGGGACAGCCAGUGAAGAUGUGUUCAGCUAUGAGGUGGUGAUGCUAGUGGGAGCUGGGAUUGGGGUCACACCCUUUGCGUCCAUUCUCAAGUCAGUCUGGUAUAAAUAUUGCAAUAAUGCCACCAAUCUGAGACUAAAGAAGAUCUAUUUCUACUGGUUGUGUCGGGACACACAUGCUUUUGAAUGGUUUGCAGAUCUGCUCCAACUUUUGGAAACCCAGAUGCAAGAAAGGAACAAUGCUGACUUUCUCAGCUACAACAUUUAUCUGACAGGCUGGGAUGAAUCUCAGGCUAAUCACUUCGCUGUACAUCAUGAUGAGGAGAAAGAUGUGAUCACAGGCCUGAAACAGAAGACUUUGUAUGGGCGGCCCAACUGGGAUAAUGAGUUCAAGACAAUUGCUGGUCAACACCCUAAUACCAGAAUAGGAGUUUUCCUCUGUGGACCUGAAGCAUUGGCUGACACACUCAGUAAACAGAGCAUCUCCAACUCUGAGUCUGGCUCUCGAGGAGUACAUUUCAUUUUCAACAAGGAAAACUUCUAACUUGUCUCUUCCACAAGGAAAUAAAUACAAGUUGUGCUGCCAAAUUACUAAAUAAUGCUGGUUGUUAACACAAGUUCCUGCCCCUAAGGGAGAAAAAAAGGCAGGAAAGGAAACAUAAAUGUUGCAUUGAAAGGGAUGCCAAAGAUUGUCCGCUAGUGAUCAGUUACAUGUAUAUGCUUUUUAGUUUUUAGAGCACUUGUACAAACAUUAUUUCAUUUUAACUCUCUCCUAUGCCAGAAGACCAUAUGGCGAGGAAUCCUGGACUCAUUUUUAGGAUAAUAAAAGGGGGUGUUCCAAACGUUCUGUGGCUUCCUUAAGAUUAUGAAGCCAAGACUAGAUUUAGGUCACUUGACUCCAGGUUUGGUAAUCUGUCCACAACACCAGGCUACCUUAAAUUUCAGUUUUUAGAAUCCUAACACCCCAAAAGAGGAGUUUAUCAUUUUCCAUUUGAUGUCAUCUUUGUUCUUGUUAUUGGCUUUUUGAAGAUUUUUUUUUUCAGACAGGAGAUAAUACGUGCUGAAGGUGACCUUAAUAUCUACUAGUGACAAUAUUCACAUAUCACCAUAUUCUAGCUUACCCAUAUAGUGGGCCUAACUGAGUUAGAGAAAAUAUCUACCAAAGAAUACUAGACUUAUUGGAGUUACUGUAGUACUCAGCAUUUACCAUGGUGCUUGGUAGAGUGGCUACUGAAGGAGUUUGUUGAAUGAAUGAAUUAAUGAAUGAAUGAAGAAUAACAUGUAGAACUAUACAAUUCUAGAAUAGAGUUAAUUUAAAGCCUUAGUGAGAAUUUCCUAAAGUAAUAAUGUCUGCUAUGCAUGGAGACCAAAGGCUGGUGAUUUCAUCAAACGUACAGAAAAUGUUUAGAAUAUUAAUCAAUAUGAAAGCCAGGAAGGUUCCUCACAUUUUUACAUGAGGGAUGAAGAAAUGAAGGAUGAAAGCAGAGGAAGGACCUCCUCCCUUAACACUGGCUCUUCUAAUCCUAUUCUCUGAGCUAUGAAAGAAGAGCACACUGUGUGCUGCUAGAAAUGGUAUCCUGCCAGCCCUUGAAAGUUUUGGAUUUAAGAAUCUUAACAAAUAUGUAUCUGAUGAUCUACAUCAGGCUGAGAGUCCAUCUCUAGUUUAACUUAGAUAUCAACACAAGUGGUUUGUGUAUGUAUGGCUGAUGGUUUGAUUUUUAUCAUCAUUGCCCUCAUCCUCAUCAUUUCUCCUGAAACAUAUAUCCUAGAUGAACCUUCCCAGAUAAGCAUGUACAUAUUAAACUCACACCCAAAAUAAUGUUCUGGAUAUCUAGGAAUUCAACAGAACAUGACUAAAUCACUACCACUUUAUUUGCCCUAUCCAUUGGGGCCACAGGUACUUAGAAAUAUUCAGCCUUGGUAAGAUCAGAAGACUUGUAAGGGGAAAGGGAAGAAAAGUGAGGGAAAGGAGAAGAAUGAGAGAAAGCAAAGUAGAGAAGAGAAAGCAAGGGGGGAGGGGAGAGCAGUUCUCAAAUUGGUCACUUCCAAUCCCAGAUUUCUCAAUUUGUAUGUACUGCUUCUAAUCAAAGAAGGCAGGGAAAUUUCAUUUUAUUUUGAUCACAAAUCGUGAAGGUGGCUUGGCAUUUUCAUGGUACUAGGAUGAAUUAAGAACGCAGUUGGCCCUUAUGGUUUUUUGGUCUCCUACUAUCCUUAAGCCAGGGAUAGCUGGUUCUGACAAAUAAGGCCUUAUUAUUUGGGUGCACAUAGAAGUGCAUCUCAGAAAUGUGCAGGAAGGUUAAUGCUUGGAGAAAGAGGUUUGGCCUCUUUAUAUUGCAUGCCAGGUAUUCAUUCAUUCAUUCAUUCAACAUAUAUUGUGUUAUAACUAUGACCAGGUGCUGUGUAUUUACUUUCAAUCCUUUUUACCAAACUAUGACCUUGAAACAGAUUCAAGUUCAAAGAAAUUUGAGCAGAGCUAGGCAUGGUGGUUCCUUGCUAUAAACCUAGCUCAGAUCAUGGUAGGCCCUGAGCAAAAGUUUAAGACCCUGUCUGAGGAACAACUAAAGCAAAAAGGUCAGGAUAAGUAGCUUAAAUAGUAGAACAUUUGCCUUGAAAGAUAAAAGCUCUGUGUUCAAACCCUAGUACCCUCAAAAAAAGAAAGUAAGUGGAUAAUAAACAAAUAAUGAGAUUCAGCCCUUUCUAACUUAGGCACAUGAGUAAAACCUGCUCCAUCUGUUUUUCUGAGAAUGUUUCUCCAGAGUUCUCUAUGUUUGACACAAAUUAGUUAUCAAAAUAGAGAGCUCUUCCCUGUGUUACUUUGGUUAUAAGAUUAAAAAUGGCAUUUUGAGAACUUCUUUCUUUAGUGUUCCCCCAAACCCCAAACCUCAAACCCCAGCCACCAGCUAUCAGCUGGCACCUGUGAGCAUGGCUAUUUUAGCAUUUAGUAUUUUGCAUUUGGUAACAGGUAUUGAGAGAAUGAUUAAAGCAGUGUUUUUCAUCUCAAGGCUACAAAUAUUUUUCUUAAUUCUUCUGCUUUUGAAAUACUGUGUGUAUAAAAUGUCAAUACUUGUAGGCACUAUGUAUGAAUCAAUUUGGAAGGAAAGGUGAUCUGAGUGAUAAUUCUUAGGAAAUGCUAUUAAAAUUGUGCUUAACUACUAAAAUCAGUAAA